CGCAGAGGCCUCAUCCACGCGUCCAGGGAAGCUGGUCAGGUCGCUGGGUGCCUCUGUUCCCCCCUCGUCCAGGCUGCGGCCGCGCCGUGGCGAGGCAGAGGGCGUGGGACGUGGGUCCUCACCAUCGCACAGGCGCCGGGGAUGCUGUUUUACCAUAGAUGAGAAAUCUACCCCGAUAUGGAAAACUUUAUCCUGUAUGAGGAGAUUGGCAGAGGAAGCAAGACCGUUGUGUAUAAGGGGCGUCGGAAGGGGACCAUCAAUUUCGUGGCCAUUCUUUGUACGGAAAAGUGCAAACGGCCAGAAAUUACCAACUGGGUCCGUCUCACCCACGACAUCAAGCACAAGAACAUUGUGACUUUCCACGAAUGGUACGAGACCAGCAAUCACCUCUGGAUGGUGCUGGAGCUGUGUACAGGUGGUUCUUUAGAAACUGUGAUUGCUCAGGACCAGAACCUCCCAGAAGAUGUUGUGAGAGAGUUUGGCGUGGACCUGGUCAUGGGGCUGCACCAUCUCCACAGGCUUGGCAUCCUCUUUUGUGACCUUACUCCUGGGAAGAUACUCUUGGAAGGACCUGGAACCCUGAAGCUCAGCAAUUUCUGCCUGGCGAAGGUGGAGGGAGAGAGCCUGGGGGAGUUUUUCACUCUGGUAGCAGCGGAAGAAGGAAGCGGAGACAGUGGGGAAACUGCGCUGAAGAAAAGCAUGAAAGGCCGAGUCAGAGGCUCCCUGAUGUAUGCAGCACCUGAAAUCCUGAAGGGAACCGACUUUUCUGUCCCCAGUGACCUCUGGUCUUUGGGCUGUCUGCUUUACGAGAUGUUCUCAGGCAGAGCCCCGUUCUUCUCUGAAACUGUGUCAGAACUGGUUCAGAAGAUCCUGUAUGAAGACCCGUUGCCGCCGGUCCCAAAGGAUCCUGCUUUCCCCAAAGCAUCCUCAGAUUUCAUUAAUUUGCUGCAUGGGUUACUGCAGAAGGAUCCUCAGAAAAGGUUGUCAUGGGAGGGCGUCCUGCAGCACCCCUUCUGGAAGGGCACCCUGCGGAGAGAAGACUUGGCCGUGGCCUCUGAGGACUGCAGCUUCAGCAGAAAUGUUAUGGAAUGUUCUGGACUGCAUGAUUCCAGGGAGCUUUUGCAGAGCCCUCAGAAUGGACAAGGGAAAGGGCAGAAGGGAGCUCACCGACUCAGCCAGUCUUUCCGGCUAGACACCCCGACUGAGCUGAGGCCCAAGAGUACCACAGGGGGCCAGCUGAAUGAAUCCAUAUUUCUCCUCAGUUCACGGCCCACUCCAAGGACUAGUGCCGUGGUGGGAUUAAGUCCCGGAGAGGGUGAGGACACCAGCUCGCCACAGACCUCUCCUUUAUCCAAGAUGACAUGUGGGCAUCUGAGCCAGGGGGCCCUGGAAUCCCAGAUGAGAGAGCUGAUCUACACAGACUCGGAUCUUGUGAUCACCCCGAUUAUCGACAACCCCAAGAUAAUCAAACACUCUGCAAUCAAGUUUGAUCCAAAAAUCUUGCACCUGCCGGCAUAUUCUGUGGACAAGCUGCAGGUCCUGAAGGAGCAGGACUGGAAUGACUUCCUGGAGCAGGUGUGCUCCCAGAUGGACUCCAGCGAGAAGAGCGCGGGCGUGUCUCGCGCCAAGCUGAACCUCCUGUGCUACCUGUGUGUGGUGGCCGCUCGCAAGGAGGUGGCCACCAGGCUGCUGCAUUCCCCACUGUUCCAGUUGCUAAUCCAGCACCUGCGAAUAGCUCCCAACUGGGACAUACGGUCCAAGGUUGCUCGAGUGAUUGGCUUGCUGGCCUUGCACACGACAGAACUUCAGGAAAACGUUCCCGUUAUCGAGGCGAUCACACUCUUGACGGAAUUAAUCCGGGAGAGCUUCCGGAGCAGCAAACUGAAGCAGUGUCUCCUGCCGGCCCUCGGACAGCUCAUCUACCUCGUGGCCACCCAGGAAGAAAAGAAACAGCACUCCAGGGACUGCUGGGCCGUGCCCUUGGCUGCGUACACUGUGCUUAUGAGGUGCCUCCGGGAAGGGGAGGAACGCAUUGUCAAUCACAUGGCGGCGAAGAUCAUCGAGAAUGUUUGCACCACAUUUUCUGUCCAGGCGCAGGGCUUCAUCACCGGGGAAGUCGGGCCUGUCCUGUGGCACCUGUUCAGGCACUCCACCGUGGACUCCCUGAGGAUAACAGCCAUAUCGGCCCUGUGCAGAAUCACACGCCAGUCCCCUGCAGUCUUCCAGAAUGUCAUCGAGAAGGUGGGACUCAACGCUGUCAUCAGCUCCCUGGCGUCCUCCAUCUGCAAGGUGCAGCAGUACAUGCUGACCCUGUUUGCGGCCAUGCUGUCCUGUGGGAUUCACCUGCAGCGGCUGAUCCAAGAAAAGGACUUCGUGUCGACAAUCAUCCGUUUGCUGGACAGUCCGUCCACCGCCAUCAGAGCCAAAGCCUUCCUGGUGCUGCUUUACAUCCUCAUUCAUAACCGGGACACGCUGCUGCUGAGCUGCCAAGCCAGGCUGGUGAUGUACAUCGAGAGAGACAGCAGGAAGACCUCCCCGGGCAAGGAGCUGCAGGCCGGGAGCGAGUACCUGGCCAGGUGCCUGGAUCUCCUCAUCCAGCACAUGGUACAGGAGCCACCGCGGAUCCUAGGCGACAUUCUCAAUGCCCUGGCCAACGUGUCUGGACGAAAGCAUCCGUCAACGGUCCAGGGGAAGCAACUGAAGAUGUGUCUACCCAUGAUGCCUGUGGUGCUCCACCUGGUCAUGUCUCAGGUGUUCCGGCCUCUAGUGGUGACUGAAGAGUUCCUGUUCAGCUAUGGGACUAUUCUGAGUCACAUUAAGUCCGUGGACUUGGGAGAAACGAACAUAGACGGAGCCAUAGGGAUGGCGGCCUCGGAGGAGUUCAUCAAGAUCACCUUGUCGGCAUUUGAGGCAGUGAUACAGUACCCCGUUCUGCUGGCCGACUACCGCUCUACGGUCAUCGAUUACAUUCUGCCACCCUUGGUCUCCUUGGUUCAAAGCCAGAAUGUGGAGUGGAGGCUCUUCAGCUUGCGGCUGCUGUCCGAGACCACAACCCUGCUGGUGAGCCAGGAGCUGCAGGACGGUGACGACGAGGCCAGCUGUGAUUCCGACAGCAGCCUCCUGGCGCUCCUCCGGGACGAGCUGCUCCCCCAGUACGAGUACAUCCUCACGGAGCCUGACCCCGUUCCGGCCUAUGCCCUGAAGCUGCUUGUUGCCAUGACAGAACACAACCCCACGUUCACCAGGCUUGUGGAAGAAAGCAAACUGGUCCCGCUCAUUUUCGAAGUGAUUCUGGAACAUCAGGAGAACAUUCUGGGUAACACCAUGCAGAGUGUUAUUGCGUUACUCAACAAUCUGGUUGCUUACAAAGAUUCUAACAUGAAGCUGCUCUAUGAGCAAGGACUGGUUGGCCACGUCUGUAGCAUGUUCACAGAGACCGCCACACUGUGCUUGGACGGCGACAAUAAAAACAACACAGAGCCUGCGGCCACGCUGCUGGUGUCACUGCUUGACAUCCUGCUGGGCAUGCUGGCAUACACGGCCAGCGUCGUCCGGCAGGCUUUGCAGGCCCAGAAGUCAGGCUCGAGAGGGGACACACAGGCAGCAGAGGAGCUGCUGCUGCUCAGCAAACCGCUCACAGACCUCAUCAGCCUGCUUAUCCCGCUGCUUCCCAGUGAGGACCCUGAGAUCUCCGAGGUUUCGUCCAAGUGCCUGUCCAUCCUGGUGCAGCUGUAUGGGGGAGAGAACCCGGGCAGCCUGUCCCUGGAGAACCUGGAGACCUUUGCCGAUCUCCUGGUGACCAAGGAGGACCCGAAGGACCAGAAGCUGCUGCUGAGGAUCCUCAGGAGGAUGGUCACCUCCAAUGGCAAACACCUGGAAAGCCUCAGGAACACGGGCAGCCUGCUGCAGGCCCUGGAGCGCCUGGUCCCAGCUCACAGCUCGCCUGCUGACACCGUCGUGGCCUCCUUGGCCCUAGAACUCCUCCAAGCUGCUAAGCACUAGACAAGGCCACCCAGUGGUUCCUAUCAACGGCAGUGUGAGCUUAGAUCCCGCACAUUUCCUCCUCUCCAUCAGCCUCAAGAGGAGCUAAUAAAAUCGCUGGGCCAGAA